AUUUAUUUUUAAUUUUCUGGGUUUCACGAAUCCAAAAGAGAAAAAAAACUUUAAUUUUGAUUCGAAUCAUUCACGAUCCUUUUUCUGGGCUCAUCAUCUUACAAAAAAAAAAACAAUCUUUAUAGAAGAGAAAAGUUCGUAAAAGAAACCCAUUUGAAUUAUGUUUGAUUCCAACCCAAAGUCUCAACCUUUAAUCCCCAAAUCCUAAAAAAAAAGCUUUCUACUUUUAGUAAAAAAAUAGUUCCGUCUUCAAAGUUGCAGAGAUUUAGCAAGGUGAAAGGCAGAGAUGGUGUCACAUGAAGAGAACACAAGUAUUGUGGAAUGGUUUCUUGGUCCUAAUCCAUUCACGUACCCUCCUUAUGGCGUUGAGAUGAUUCAUGAGGAAGAAGAAGUUCAUCAUCAUCAUAAUUAUCAUCAGACUGGUGAGUAUUACAGAGAGUACGAAGAAGAUCAUCGUAGUACUAGCAGCGAUGUAGAUAAUGAUGAGAUCAUUGCAAGAACACUCCAAGACGAUUUUUUGCAGCUUCAAAUCGCAGAGGAAAAUAAUAACAACUACUCACAUCAACAACAACAACAACAACAACAUCAAGAAGGUCAUACUAACAACUACAGCAAUGAUAAUAACGAAUAUGGUUGGAACGAUCAACCAACUGUGGAUUACUCUUCAGAAUGGGUAGGGAAUGAUAAUGAUCAAGACUGUGGUUCACCUAAUAUCUUUUCAUGUUCAAGUCCGAGUGACACCGAUGAGUAUGUGUACUCGUGGGAAUCAGAUCAGUGUGAGGCUGAUGGUGAAUUUGGGAGGAGACUGAAUCAGAUGGUUCCUAUUCCUUAUGUACCGAAAAUAAACGGAGAGAUACCUCCAGAAGAAGAAGCAGUUUCAGAUCAUGAAAGACUUCGGAAUAGGUUAGAAUUGUUUGACUUUGCUGAGGUCAAAGUUCCAGGAGAUGGUAAUUGCCAGUUCCGUGCAUUAGCUGAUCAGCUAUACAAAACCGCGGAUCGUCAUAAACAUGUUAGAAGACAAAUAGUAAAGCAGCUCAAAGCUAGUCCAGAGUAUUAUGAAGGAUAUGUGCCUAUGAAGUUCUCUGAGUAUCUUAGGAAGAUGUCUCGGAGUGGCGAGUGGGGGGAUCAUGUUACAUUACAGGCAGCUGCAGAUGUGUAUCGGUUAAAAAUAAUAGUGCUAACAUCAUUCAAGAAUACAUGUUAUAUCGAAAUUCUUCCUACCUCUCAAGAAUCCAAAGGAGUGAUCUUCUUGAGCUUCUGGGCAGAAGUUCAUUACAACUCCAUCUAUUUGAACAGAGAUACAUCUGCAACAGAGCUACAAAGGAGGAAAAAAUGGUGGCGUUUUGGAAACUAGAUAGAGUGUCGAAUCAUUAUCAUGACUGGCUAUAUUAAUAUUUAUUUUGACUUGAGAGGGAGAGAGUGGAAAUGUUCUUUGAAAUAGUCCCUUGUUAGAGAGAUAAUGAACAAAGCUCACAGCUUCAAAGUCUUACAAUAAUGUUCCUUCCUUCUUUAAAAGAAAGGUUUAAAUAAAAUACUCAAACCUUUUAGUCUUA